GGUUAUGAUUUUUAUUUUGUGAAAAACAAUGAUCAAUUUCAAUUUAUUAAAGCGCUGGUCUUAGAAAGAAAUAUCGAAAAUCAUUUUAGUCACAGAAAUGAGUUUGAAGGAAAAGCAUUUUUACGAACAAAACCUAUUCUCGCCUUAUCUUCGAGCAAAAUGACGAAUCUUAAUUUGGUGUUACUUCCAUUGGAUGUUUUAGCAACAAUAUUCGCGUAUUUAGAAAUAUCUGAUCUCCGUAAUGUUAUGUUAACAUGUAAGAGCUUAAAGGAAAUCAUCGUUAACGAAACUCGUAUAUGGCGACCUAGAAUUCACAACAAACUAAUAAUACAAUUUUACAGUGAUAACAACACAUUCAACUUGUAUAACAGAUGCAGGAUAUCACAUAACUGGAGGAAUGGCAUUUUUAAAAAUAAGGUUAUCAUACAACAUAAUACAAAUUACAUGCCCUGGAUGAAAUUUCAUGAAUCUAAAGCUCUGUUUCUGUCAGUCGGUGCAAACCUACAGUGUUAUUCUAUUGACAGGAAAGGUCUACAUAGAAAUAAUCUGCUAUGGACUCUACCAGUACCUACUGUUAAAAGAGAUGAUAUACGUACAAACGAUAUAUCAAGAUUUGUUUAUAAAGGGCGCCUACUAGCUUGUGGAAAUAGGGAUGGAUCUGUUGCAGUUUUUGACAUGGAAGAUUAUACCAAGAAGCCGACUCUACUGGGUCAUAUAGAAAACUGUCAUCAAAGUGGCCAAGUGGAAGUGUCAGCUGUGGAAACUAUCAAUAGCAACAUAGUGACUGUGUCCGAUAACUCGCCCUGUAUAAUGUUCUGGCAAAGGCAGACUGAUAACAUAAACAAUCCUUAUUGUAAAACAAGUAUUUCCCUAUCAGGUGUGAUUGGCUGCAGAUGUCUGGCUGCCAGUAAAUGUGAGACCCAGUUGGCUGUAGGGCUUAAUGGAAAUAGUAAGCCUCUUUUACUAGAUGUCACUACGAAUAAAAUAUUAAUAUCGCCAAGUGAGAGUAUGAACAGCAAGCAAGUUGUGAGAGACAUACGAUGGCGGGAUGACAACACUUUCGUCUAUGUCACACAUUCGUCAGCUUUGGGAAUGAUUGAUACUAGAGUGGGACACACAGUUUACGAAGCAAUGGAUCCGUUUCAAUCUUCCCUAUAUUGUGUGAGGACAGACUCGGACAAUGCAGUUGUUGUUGGUUGCGCAGAGUAUUCCCGCUGUGUGUUGUAUGACGUACGACAGACUUACAGACAUGUGCAGAUAUACUUUACACAGAAAAAGAUGUCGCCUGUCUACAGUAUGGAUUUCGAUACAAGCAAGCUGAUCGCCGCUGCGGAUCGUGGGGUGGCGGUUCUUAACUUUAACGUCAGCUCCGCCACUACCGCUCCGAAAGAUUAUUCACACGCGUUUCAAUGAAUAUGAUGAUGUUAAUAAAAUGUAUAAGUAUUAGUCUUA